AUGUUCUUGCUAGGCGUUCCAACGAGCUUCGCCCAGGCGGUGCACAAGUUGGCCUUGUGGACUUUGCUGGCAAUCAUUUUCAGCUCAAUCGUUCGCUUUAUGCUUCUUUUGGACAUAAACAAACGCGUUUACAACCACGCGCCAGGGCCGUGUCGCGCAUUCCGAGAAAUCGUGAACGGCUCGGCUGGACUGGAGCAGAUAGACGAGGAGAAUCUCGUUUUCAUCACAACAGGGCUAGCAAAAUAUCGAGGCAUCGAGAACACAAAAUCCGGCCUUUUCAUCUACUCUUUUCCGGAACCAAGCGAUCAAGCCGUUCAGCAUAUUGCAAGAGAAGUGAAAAUCGAGAAUUUCUCAUUGUCUCAUUUCGCUCCAUUCGGUGUCACUCAUUUCUCAUCAAAAGGUCGUCUCCACCUCUACAUCAUCAAUCGUUUCCCAACGCCGAAUUGCGUCGAAAGUUUCACGUACAAUAAAGAGAAGAACACGGCAACGUAUCGAAAAUCGAUUUGCGAUCCGAGAUUCUCAAGCCUCCAAGACAUUGUUGCUGUUGGUCCGGAUCGCUUUUUCGUCACGAACACCCAGUUUUCCGGGCGUUUAUGGGCGCAAACGGUCGAGGCAGCUUUUCAGGCCUCGUCCGGUUCCCUUUAUCUAUGGGACGGGAAAAGUGUGAUCCCGUCGAUCAACUGGAUGCCGACACCGGGAGGAUUGGCAUUGGACAAAAAGCGAAGUCUGCUUUUCGUCGGCUCAAUUCUCAGUGAGACAAUUCGCGUCUAUCAACUCACCCCAUCACUAGCGCUAAAGCAACAGACCGAAAUUUCGCUUCUUUCCUCUCCGAUGGGAAUUUACGUUGAAGAAACGAGCGGUGACAUUUGGACCGCAUUGCUCCCAAUCGUGCACACCACAUUCUAUCACUUGACCGACCCAGCGGAAAGUCGAAUUCGCGCCCCAUCACAGGUGUUACGCGUGAGAUUACAGGAAGACGGUAUUUCGUGGAUUGUCACCGAACCGUACGCAAAUGAUGGCGCGACUCUGUCGGCCUCGGCAUCGGUUCUUUUCGCGAAAGAUCAACUCUUGAUCGGCUCUUUGUUCGGCCGUUUACUGCACUGUGAUGUCAUCAAUCCAAUGAUCACC